AUGGAUACUAGUGACUGUUUUGCGCAUACGCUAGAACCCUACUAUUUUGCAUCUUACGAGGAACUAAAGAAUAAAAUGAAGGAAUUUGAAGUGGCCUGUGGUGUACAAUAUACCAUUAAGAGAAGUAUUCGUUUGGCUGAUGAUGUAGCUAAUCGGAAUAUAUUCGUGUACAAAUACAUUCAAUAUGCUACCGGAUGCUUGCUGGUCAAGCGUAACUCAAUACGUUAUCCUGACAGUGCACCUGAACAUGAAACCUUGGUGUACAAGUCCAUCACUUAUGCUUGUUGUCAUUAUGGGAACGGUCGGAGUCUUUCCAUCAAAACCCAACAGCAGAAAAAAAUCAAUUGCCCAUGUAUCGUGAGAAUCGGAUGUAGGGGAAAAAAGCUACACAUAAUUGGCUUCGUGAUGCGUCACAAUCAUCCUGUUACAACAGAGCUUGCUGAAACCUACCCAGAAAACCGUCGUUUAACUGAAGACGAGAAGCUUGAGAUAAACGAUUUCCUACAGUCGGCACCCGACAAUCUAACCGUGAAGGAACACAUUGAACGUAAGUUUGGGAAACCCUGUACGCUGAACGAUGUACGACAAAUGAAGUAUCGUUUGCGGAAGCUCCAAAAAUCCGACGGCGCCAGUCAUGGGCAAGCUAGGGUGGUGUCCUCACGGCACCAAAAUCCUACCGAGGCCGAUUUUGACUUUGAUCCAAUUCCUCCUGUUUCUGAUUGGGUAGUUCACCCAAAAGGCGACUACCGACUGUCCCAAUUUGAACCUCUUUCAAAUCAACUGGCAGAUCUCGUAUGCUCUGCGGACCAGGAGACAUUUUGUGAUCGUAUAGCCUUCCUUAAAGAGCUAACAGAAGCUUGGCGUGGGGGAAAGCAACCAAUGCUGGCCUACAGUGAGUCCAUGAUCAAGGGCGAUUCCUGCGAGAGUCCAAUCAACACAGAAGUGGUGACCUCCGAAAACCCGUUUCCUUACUCGAAACUAGCUCAAAUAAAUGUUGAGGGCAGUGCGAUGGAACACCGGACGCGAGACGGUUUCAUUGGCAAGCAAGAAAGCGGACAGAUCUUCGAUGCCUGCUUCGGUCAUCUGAAAACAAUGCCUACCACUUUUGCCGUGUCUGUGGACUGGCGAAAAUGGAUCUUCUCGUUUGUGAAGAAGGUACCGGCUUGA